CUUUUCUGUUCUCUUCUUAUCCAUCUGCUACCGGAUUUUCCACUUCCUAUUGGUUUACAUACUACUUAAGUGUGUCGACAUAAGUAGCAUAAACCACUGUGUUAAUCCAUUAAGUCACUGACCGUUGGUCUAAACCCCUCUGAUAGAUGCAGACUGAGACUGAGUAAUAUGGUUUAGAGUCGUUCACAAUGUCGCAGAUUAGUUUACUCUUUAUCUUUCUCUCGAUCUUGAAUUCCACCAUUCAUUCAUACAUAACUUUCUACUUCGUCGUUUUCGAGCAUACUCUGGAUAUUCACUCUUUUUCAUCAACGUUGCUACAUUACUUUGACUCCUUUACUGUUCAUCACGUUAUCUAAUGUGAUAUAAAAAGUUGGGCCCAACACAUUUGUGCAAAUCUCCACGUUGAUAAUGUCUGGUUACCCUAUUGACUUAAUUAUCGCCCACCAUCUCAAUUUCGCUUUAUUUUACCAUUGUCUAUUUAUAUUCAGCUUUCUUAAUCAACUUUUGUUUGUAUGUCGGAUUUCGUUAAUGAGUGUAUCAUUUGAAAAUAUUGUCUUUACUUAUUUCAUUCUAGUUUAAAUAUGUUUUUUGGAUCACCCGUUUUUAUCUACUAGGUUAUUUGGAAAGCUAUAACACUUUUUGACAACUUCCGUAUGGUUUAACACCACAUCUACACUGUCACAUUAAACGUGUGACUAUAUGGAGAAUUUUUCUGUCUGUAUGUAAAUAUGAAAACUUGUUAUUAGUUUCAAAGUACAUUGCGAAAAUGCAUGUUAAUAUGCUGAAUUUGCAUCGUAGUAUAUAUGAUAUCGUUUGUAAAAAAAUGUUUUAUUUUCAGAUGAAAACCACGUUUAUACCACGUUAUUUCGUCAUAGUACAUGUUACGAUGUUUUACCGGGGAGUGGAAAGUUAGUUAUUUUAGACUCUCGUUUACCUGUAAGUUAUUUACUGUAUAUACUUUUUUUUUUAUAACAAUACACGGAUGGUCAUUUUUGUAUGGGUAUGUGUGUGUUAAUAUACUUGUGUUUACAUAAUUUGUAAAACUCAUUUCCUAAUCAUUUUUUUGUGUAUACACAGUAAAGAUUGGAACUUCCAAUAUAUUUUUCCAUAUAUAUGGAUGUAAUAGCAACUUUCAACAAUUAGCUCGAAGAUUCUCACCUUAUUUACUGAAUUUAAGUUCAAACAGCUGUGUACUAUCACAAAAUGCCUGACUUAAAAUAUUAUACAUAAUCCUGUGGUGAAAUAAAAUUCCUGUGGAAAAUGAUUCAAUUGUAGAUUACUAUAGUCUAUAAAAGUGUCUUCGUAGCAUACGUUUUCACAGAAAAGGAUGCAUUACAACAGUUAUUCUUUUUCAAUAUCUUUGAGACGUUGACUUUUCCUCACAUUUUGAACUUAAGAAACCGAUUUUAUGUAUCUUUGAAAUUUAAUCAGGCAUCUAUCAGCUAUUCAUAUUUCUCAUACCGAAACUCUCUUUCUUUGAAUAGUUUGUGAAUAUACCACCAACGUAUUCCUCGUUUGUCCGGUUUCAGUAUUUAGACUGAAUGAUGUUUGACUUUAGACGUAUUUGUGCACCUAAAAAUGGCAUCCAACUUUGCAGAAUUCAAGAUCUUAGGUCCAUCAAGGUAGUGACAAUCAAUUUGGGCUGUUUUAAAAGGAGCAUAGUUUCUGAUACUAUGCAAUCGGAAUAAUGGUACUCAUUUGUGAGGACCUUCAGGUGAUAAGACUGGAAAUCAAUCACUGUGAUUCGAAAAUCAUUCUACUAGGCUUCUUACAUGCUAUUAUUCCCAAUUUUAUGUUUUCAAUGAAAAUUUAUACAAUAUUUCAUUUUUCACCAUUAUUUGUGUUAUUAUUUCCUGCUUUUUGCUUUCCAUAUAUUGAUCCUCAUCUCUUUAAGUUGAUGUUAAUUGUAACGAUUCAAAUGGUAUUACACAAAUGCUAGGUUCUGGGUGCUUCGUAUAUGUUACUUUGCUUUUCUGUGAUCCUAUACAAAGUGAUCUAAAAUUAUGUUCUAGUUUUUUUAAAUAAUUAAAAUGUUUAUUAUCAACUAUUCAAUUACUAGACGUUACGUGCAAUAUGUGCUCUAUUGGAUAAUGGAGUUAUGGCGGCACCAGUUUGGUGCAGUGAAACUCAAUCAUAUAUGGGUAUUUUUUCUCAAGAAUUAGCUUUAGAUAUGAUUGGACAUUUACACUAUACAGAAGUGAUUAGAAGUGGUAAUUCAGAUAUUCAAACAUUGUCGUCUUCAAGUGUUGCUGACACCACAACAAAUUCCUCAUCAUCUGGAUUCUUUUCAUCGUUCAAUGCAAAUCUUUACGGAUGGGGUGCAAAACAAUUAGGGGAGGUUUAUAAUUUCAUGUAUAGUCGUCCUGAUCGUCAGCUUUUUUCAGAUCUGUUUGUAUAUCCUCAUUACUGUUUACAAAAGGCACUUUAUCGACUAUUUCAUCAUAAUCAUCAUUAUCCUGAACAACAUCGUCCAUAUCACCAGAGUCAACAUCCACACCAUCAAGAUAGUCUUUCUAAUCAUGAUACUUUACUCAAAUCCAAAUUUUCCAACACUCGUGGUCAUCGUUGUUCAUAUCCUAAUAACUCUACAAAAAUGCCAAUGAAUGAUAAUCCAAAUAAUAAAUUCAGCCAGCAGUCUCCCAAUGUACUUCCAAGUCAGUCCAGUCAUUCAUCAUCAAGACUGAGUUUUUCCGAAGAUAAUGGUACAGUAUCCCUUUCGUAUUCUCCACUACUCGGUUCACGAUCACCUAGUUACCAAACAUCUAACUCCAACAAAUUAGAUGAUACAACGUCAGCUAUUACAUCAGAGGAUUUCGAAAGAGUAUCGUCUAAAUGUUGUCCUCUUUCUAAUCCAACCUCACUAUACACAUCACUUGUAUCUUAUCUAAUUGUAAUUGAUAAUCAUAGCGGAAAUGCGCUUGGUCUGUUAUGCGCUGAUCGUUUACUGGCAUAUUUACGUCUACGUGUAGAUGAAUUGCCGAAUACAGGUCGGAUGAAUGUUCCAAUCGAUUCUAUUCAUGGUCUUCGUUGGACUGAACGGCACACAUCAAAGAAACCAACAGUUACUAAAACUACAGAAGAAUGUUUACAAUUUAGAGAAAAUCCUGUUUUACACCCAAAUGAUCGAGUUCGUGAUGCUUUGCAUGUGCUAACUAGUUGGUUACCACAGUUACCAUGUCUUCCGGUUGUACAUUAUCUGGAUGAUAAUCAGUCCCAGUCGAUUGAUCAGAUUAGUUUUAUUUCGCCUGGUGAUCUUUUGAAUUUCAUUAUCUGUUCUACUUCGGAUACUGUACUCAAUGAACCAAUUAGUCAAAUUAUUGAGAAGAAAUUCGUACACUGCCCUUAUCAACAACAAUGUAUUUGUUUCGUCGCAGAAACUGUUGAUAUUGUACUAGAUCGUAUGUUCCGACUUAAAACACCUUGCUUGAUAAUGUUUGAUACACGAAAAAAUAGCGCGUCGUGCACUGUAGCAAGUAAACCAUUCGGUAGACCUGUUGGUAUGGUUACAGCUAAAGACAUAUUACAUACAGUUAUUUUAGGCCAUCGUCAUCAUCCUUCUUCUUUACAUUCACAUCCAUCUCAUCACAUUGAUGAAUCUAUGAAUACAAGUCAAAACAUGUCCGAAGAUGAUAAUAUUCCAUAUCGAAAUAAAAUACGUGACAAUUAUAAACGAACUGUCUCUUUCGAAUCCGGCGUUCUGUCAUCUAGCUGUCAAGAUGGUUCAGAAAAUAUAUUUGAUGCAUCGAGUGGUCAAGUUAAAUUGGAACAUUCUGAAGAGAAGUUUUCACGAUCUCCUUCAUUUGAUUCACUUCCUUCAAGUGGAACAUUUUCCGUAUCUAGUUCCAAUUCCGAAGUGGUACAUUCAUUAUCCAAUGAACAUUUCACAUCAACAUGUACCGAUACUGUUACAAGACGUGAUCAUUGUAAUUGUACAUGUCAUCAUCAACCAUCUACCAUUUUCGAUAAACAUCAAUACCAGCAAUCUCAUCACUCUAAAGGUACUCAAAGUUCUGUAAAUCCAUCAGUUGGUUUUCUUGAUAAAAUUCACAAUAGAUCACUACAUAGUUCAGGUGAAGAAUGGUGUGCUGAUCGACGAUCUUCUGUACCAUGUACAAUAAAAGCGAAUAUGAGAGGAAAUCUUAAUAUUCCAGAGAAUGAAAGAAAGUCUGUUAACUCAGAUCGACCGAAACAAUUAACUGUUUCCAAUCCUGACAUACAGAAUAAAAAUGAUUUAAGCAGUUCACUACAGUUAAUCGACAACAGUUUCACUGAAAUCAAUGAAUCAAUUGUUGGCGAUAUUUCUGUUCAAUUGAAUAAUAAUAAUUCUAAGAAUAAACUGGAUAAAAUGGUCACUGAAGAGGAAGAAGAUGAUACUGUUUUCCCAAUGGAUUAGAAGAAUUUGAUUGAUUCUAUUCUUUGUUCGUUUAUUUGAAACAAGAUAGCGAUAACAGCGCAGCCACGAUUGAAUAUAAUAUUGAUACUAGUUAUUUGUAUUAAUUGAGGGUUGUUGCACUUCCUUUUUAUUUAAUAAAUUAAAUAUGAUAACAAACAUUUUACAUCUUUGUAGUACCUAUUUGCCUUCAGAAAUCUUAUCAGUUUUUGCAUUCUUCCAUAAUAUAUGUACAUGACUUAAGAAAAUAGAAUACACAAACUGCUGAAUAAUGAUAUGUACAUUCAUAUAUAUUCUCCGGUCGUGAUGAAAACACAUAUUACAUACAUAAAUCUAUGCAUGCGCAACAUAUUCUUUUACUAUUGUGUUUCUUUAGUUAACAGAAACAUAAAUAGAUCUUCACCACUGGCCUAUAAUUACCCGUUUUUGUGGUGAAAUAUAACUCAAUCGAACAGUUUAAUCUUUUUCUAUAUGUAUUUCAUGUAUUUUCAUUUCUUUUAUAAAAAUCAUGAUAUAUAAUAAAAUUUAAUUGGUAAACCUGA